AUGUUCGGCCUCUUCCGUCUCCGCCUCCUGGCAGGCCCCUCGCGCCAGUGCUCGACGCACGCGCACGCAUCGCUUGCCCGCCCGACCGUCUCGGCGCUCGUGCCGUCGUUCGCCUCGGCGCGUCUCGGCGCCCUUCCCCGCCCCGCAGCGGCACCGCAGGCGCUCCGCGUGCUCGGACAGGUGCGCGGCAUGAAGGUCCGGAGCAGCGUCAAGAAGUUUUGCGACGGGUGUGCUGUUGUGCGCAGGAAAGGAAGAAUCUACAUUGUCUGCUCGAAGAACCCCAAGCACAAGCAGAGGCAAGGAUAG